GGAAAGGAAAAGAAUUAGAAUAGAUAAAAUGGGAGAGGAAGGAACCUAAAACGAACAAAAGAAAAAAAAAAUAGAAAGAUAAAAAGAGGAAGCAAAUGGGCACACUCAAAGCGGUGGCUAUCAUCUCCGGCGACACAAAUGUUAGAGGCUAUCUCCAGUUCGUUCAGGACCCCAACGGUGCUACCCAUGUGAAAGGAAAGAUUACAGGACUGACACCAGGCCUUCAUGGGUUUCAUGUUCACGCCCUCGGUGAUACCACCAACGGCUGCAAUUCCACUGGACCUCAUUUUAAUCCACUAAGGAAGAACCAUGGAGCUCCUUCUGAUAAAGAGCGUCAUGCUGGCGAUUUGGGUAACAUCGUUGCCAGCUCAGAUGGCAUUGCUGAGGUUUCAAUCAAAGACUUGCAGAUUCCGUUAAGUGGGCAGCAUUCCAUAUUGGGGAGGGCAGUUGUUGUGCAUGCUGAUCCUGAUGAUCUUGGAAGAGGUGGACAUGAACUUAGCAAGGCAACUGGGAAUGCCGGUGGAAGAGUAGGAUGUGGUAUCAUUGGGCUUCAAUCGUCUGUUUAGGGUCUUCGAUUUGCAGUUUGUUUGUAUGUUCCCAUCGAAAAUACUUGGAUACAAUGUACAACUGCAACUGAUUUCUUAUCCUCUUUUCAUCUCCCAAAAAUUAAAAUAAUUGAAUAAAUAUUGUACGUUUUUAUGGUCGUGGAAAUCCGUAUUUUGGGAUUAACAUUGUUGUGCUACAUACAAGAAAUUCAGUUUCAGCCACUUUUGCAUAAAA